AGAAUGGUGACCCAUUGAUAUCUUUCCUCUGAUAAACUCGUGUCAAAAAAUGGCGCUCGCGGUAUCCCUAAACUGUACCCUCUUUCACAAACCAUUUUCUCCACCGAACCCUAAUUUCAAUUCCCCUUUAGUUUCUCCUAACCAAAUUCGUCACUUCAAUCAUCUCUUUCCCAACAAAAAAAUAAGGUGGGCGAAGGAGAGUCGUUUGGUUAUUGCUAAUGGGGCAGAGAAAGACUCCAGCCAUAGCAGCUCUCAAGAUGAGGAAGUGAAUAAUUUGGGGGUUAAAGCUGCAUUGUCUAUGCUCAAGUUCUACAAAAGAGAAAUCUCACCAUUGUUGCCAAAUAGCUGUCGAUACAUUCCUACAUGCAGUGAGUAUUCCAUGAUUGCUUACAAGAAAUAUGGAGUUGUGAAGGGGACAGUCUUGACUGCUUGGCGUCUCUGUCGCUGUAAUCCUCUGGGAGGAUCUGGCUUCGAUCCCCCGAGAUGGUUUGAUGAGGCAAGUCCACCGGAGCAAUGAGCAUUUUGACAGUAGAUUUUGGUUCCUUCAUUAUACAAAUUAAAUCAUGUUUGCAUCUUCAUUGCAUAUAUAGCAGCAUUUUGACAGUAGAUUUUGGUUUUCCUGAUAUUGAUAUCUCUUCUUCUAUUACAAGUUGCCACAUUAUUCCUUUGUAGAAAAAAAUGGCAUCUGACAUCUGAUCAGAAAAAAAA